CCUCCGCCCGCCGCCCGGGCCGCGUCGGGUAAACCUGUUUGGCGAGGCGGCCGCGCCGGGGCGGAUCGUGCGGCCCGCGGCUCCCUCGCGGCUCGCGGCGUCGGGGCCCGUGGCGCGCGCGCGGCCGCCCCUCGGCCCCGGAGCCCUUCGGCGGCGCCACCAUGUACUCGGGAGCCGGCCCCGUGCUCGCGCCUCCGGCGCCGCCGCCGCCGCCCAUCCAAGGAUAUGCCUUCAAGCCUCCGCCCAGACCGGACUUCGGGACCUCGGGGAGAACAAUCAAGUUACAGGCCAACUUCUUUGAAAUGGACAUUCCGAAAAUCGACAUCUAUCACUACGAGUUGGAUAUCAAGCCAGAGAAAUGCCCGCGGAGAGUGAACAGGGAAAUAGUGGAGCACAUGGUCCAGCACUUUAAAACUCAGAUCUUCGGGGAUCGGAAGCCAGUGUUCGACGGGAGGAAGAACCUCUACACAGCGAUGCCCCUUCCGAUCGGGCGGGAGAAGGUGGAGCUGGAGGUCACGCUGCCGGGCGAAGGGAAGGACCGCAUCUUCAAGGUGUCCAUCAAGUGGGUGUCCUGCGUGAGCUUGCAGGCGUUACACGAUGCACUUUCGGGGCGGCUGCCCAGCGUCCCCUUCGAGACGAUCCAGGCCCUCGACGUGGUCAUGAGGCACCUGCCGUCCAUGAGGUACACGCCCGUGGGCCGCUCCUUCUUCACGGCCUCCGAGGGCUGCUCCAACCCCCUGGGCGGCGGCCGGGAAGUGUGGUUCGGCUUCCAUCAGUCUGUCCGCCCUUCUCUUUGGAAAAUGAUGCUAAAUAUUGAUGUCUCGGCAACGGCGUUCUAUAAGGCACAGCCAGUCAUCGAGUUUGUUUGUGAAGUUCUGGAUUUUAAAAGUAUUGAAGAACAACAGAAACCUCUGACAGAUUCCCAAAGGGUCAAGUUUACCAAAGAAAUCAAAGGUCUGAAGGUGGAGAUCACACACUGUGGGCAGAUGAAGAGGAAGUACCGCGUCUGCAACGUGACCCGGCGGCCGGCCAGCAACCAAACGUUCCCGCUGCAGCAGGAGAGCGGGCAGACGGUGGAGUGCACGGUGGCCCAGUACUUUAAGGACCGGCACAAGCUGGUGCUGCGCUACCCCCACCUCCCAUGUUUACAAGUCGGGCAGGAGCAGAAACACACCUACCUUCCUCUCGAGGUCUGUAACAUCGUGGCAGGACAGAGAUGUAUAAAGAAGUUGACUGACAAUCAGACCUCAACCAUGAUCAGAGCGACGGCCAGGUCGGCGCCCGAUCGGCAAGAGGAGAUUAGCAAGCUGAUGAGGAGUGCGAGUUUCAACACUGACCCCUACGUCCGGGAAUUUGGAAUCAUGGUCAAAGAUGAGAUGACUGACGUGACCGGCCGGGUCCUGCAGCCGCCCUCCAUCCUCUACGGGGGCCGGGUACGUGCGCGGGGCGGGGCCCGGGGUGUCCACACACGGACCACGGGUGUCCCCCAUCAGGUGCCGGCCCAAGUCCAGGCAGAGAAAGCCCGUAGAAGUCUUGGAGAUCGUUGUGUGUAUAUAUGUGACGUGAGUUGCAUAGUGUCCCUGUCUACUCACCGUCCGUCCAUUCACCUCUUCACGCCUUCAUCUACCCGCCCGUCCGUCCAUUCACCCACCACCCGUCCAUCCACUCAGCCACCCUCCAUCCCCCUCUGUCCGUCCCUCCGUCCUGUCCCCCCGCCCGCUCCCCGCAGCCGCCUGGACCCCUGCAGUGCUGGGCAGCUCAAGAAUAAAGCGGUCGCCACGCCGGUGCAGGGCGUCUGGGACAUGAGGAACAAGCAAUUUCACACGGGCAUCGAGAUCAAGGUGUGGGCCAUCGCCUGCUUCGCGCCCCAGCGCCAGUGCACCGAGGUCCACCUCAAGUCCUUCACGGAGCAGCUCAGAAAGAUCUCCAGGGACGCGGGGAUGCCGAUCCAGGGCCAGCCGUGCUUCUGCAAGUACGCCCAGGGCGCCGACAGCGUGGAGCCGAUGUUCCGGCACCUGAAGAACACGUACACGGGCCUGCAGCUGGUGGUGGUCAUCCUGCCGGGCAAGACCCCCGUCUACGCCGAGGUGAAGCGUGUGGGGGACACGGUGCUGGGGAUGGCCACCCAGUGCGUGCAGAUGAAGAACGUGCAGCGGACCACGCCGCAGACGCUGUCCAACCUCUGCCUGAAGAUCAACGUCAAGCUGGGGGGCGUGAACAACAUCCUGCUGCCUCAGGGCAGGCCGCCCGUGUUCCAGCAGCCGGUCAUCUUCCUGGGAGCCGAUGUCACGCACCCCCCCGCGGGGGACGGGAAGAAGCCUUCCAUUGCUGCCGUCGUGGGCAGCAUGGACGCCCACCCCAACCGCUACUGCGCCACCGUGCGGGUGCAGCAGCACCGCCAGGAGAUCAUCCAGGACCUGGCGGCCAUGGUGCGUGAGCUGCUCAUCCAGUUCUACAAGUCCACGCGCUUCAAGCCCACGCGCAUCAUCUUCUACCGCGACGGCGUGUCCGAGGGGCAGUUCCAGCAGGUCCUGCACCACGAGCUGCUGGCCAUCCGCGAGGCCUGCAUCAAGCUGGAGAAGGACUACCAGCCGGGCAUCACGUUCAUCGUGGUGCAGAAGCGGCACCACACGCGGCUCUUCUGCACGGACAAGAACGAGCGGGUCGGGAAGAGCGGAAACAUUCCAGCAGGCACCACCGUGGACACGAAGAUCACCCACCCGACCGAGUUCGACUUCUACCUGUGCAGUCACGCUGGCAUCCAGGGAACAAGCAGGCCCUCCCACUACCACGUGCUUUGGGAUGACAAUCGUUUCUCUUCCGACGAGCUGCAGAUCCUCACCUACCAGCUGUGUCACACCUACGUGCGCUGCACGCGCUCGGUGUCCAUCCCAGCGCCAGCAUACUACGCUCACCUGGUGGCCUUCCGCGCCAGGUACCACCUGGUGGAUAAAGAACAUGACAGUGCUGAAGGAAGCCAUACCUCCGGGCAAAGUAACGGGCGGGACCACCAGGCACUGGCCAAGGCGGUCCAGGUCCACCAGGACACGCUGCGCACCAUGUACUUUGCUUGACAUGUUGUGUUUACGAUUGUGUGCGGAGUCGGAUUCACACGAGACCAGCGACACUCAGACCAACGGACGCCAGCCCCGUGGCAGCCAGCACUGGACACCACACGUCGUGGACUCAGCCGAGGCUCCUUUCCCAGAAUGCCUUCCGUCCAGAUUUCACACUCGUUCUGAGCUGCAGACCUGUAUGAGACCCCACUGUCGCAGGAGAGAUGGUUUGCCAAAAUCUAUCCGCUGCUUAUUAAUAGUCCCGUAUUUCCUAAAAACAUCUCCUAAAAGCAGUCUAUGAACUCAGGGCUUUAAAACAUUUUUAAUUUAUUUGGUCAUUCGAUUUACUUGUUUUUAACACGUGAUUCUGUAUGGAAUUGAUGGGCUCAAACUAGCUGUGAGCGUUCUCUGAGGGUGAAAGCAACGCAAACACUAUUGUGGUUUUAAAGCCUUGACCAUUCUGACGUUGUCACUCACGUGUGUCUCACGCGACACUCGUGUGCCCUGACGUGGCUCCGCAAGCUCUUAGGGACCCGCGGUGGGCGCCCCACCUGCGGGGGAAAGGGGCUGGGACGCCAGAGACCACGCCCACUCAACAUUUCUAGGUCCAGAGAGAUUGGCAGCCAAGUGCCAUUUUAAUAAAAAUUUAUUAAAAAAACAAAAAAAAAAGAAAAAA